AUGGUGAGGCGAGGAGAGGCGACCUAUGUGACAUUGUUGCGGCAACAUUCAAGUGCGGAGAGUAGCCACAGUAGUGCAAUGUCGAGUGCUUCUUCGGGCGGGAUUUCUAACUUGCAUAAUAGUGGUACCAUUGAAGAGAAAUUUCUUAAUGACGAGACAGUUAUUACCACACCCCUAAAUUUGAGGGGGAGUUUACCUCAGGCCUCGGAUACUUCAAAGACUACUGCUCCUGGUCGUGGGCAUCGUACACAAAUACCGACAUCUAAAUUGCGUGGUUAUAUCACUAAUAUUGUUAUUACCGAACAAACAGACCCUUCAACAUCAUCUUCCGCUCCUCCCAAUCGCGUAACUCAGGAAUCAACUUCUUUUAAAGAAGUAGUUCAACAUCCUAGAUGGCGAAAAGCAACGCAGGAGGAGAUUGAUGCUCUUGAACGCAGUGGUAAUAGGCAGGUUGAAGAUGUUGAUUAUAAUGAGACUUUUGCGCCUGUGGCAAAAAUAGGCACUGUUCAUAUGUUUCUGGUUGUUACGGUCCCGCAUUGGGAAGCGACCAUUCGUGUCCUGCGAUACCUAAAAGGUGCUCCAGGGUUGGGAGUCUUGUUACGUCCUAUGUCAGACAUGAGUUUGACAACAUUUUAUUAUAGUGAUUGGACGACUUGUCCAUUGACUCGACGAUCGUUGACAGGUUAUUUGAUAUUUUUGGGGCGGUCUCCUGUGUCCUGGAAAACAAAAAAGCAACCUAUUGUGUCUCGUUCGUCUGCUGAAGCAGAGUAUCGUACGUUCUAUGGUCGUAGCCACUUGUGA